UCUAGCAAGGUCAGGAUCUACCCAUUUAUUAAUAUAAUGAACGUCAGUCAUCUGUCAACAGGACACAGCUACCAUUAAAUGAAUUUUCUAGCAGGUAUAAUCUGUCUGAUUCUGCAUGCUUCUCAUUGUAACCCUAUCAAGUUCAGUUUGAUUUACGCGUCCUCUGUAGAGAUAGUGUCUUUAUUUUGCGAGGAGGUGAAAUGGAAAAGUGAUGUAUUUUCUUUCAUACUAGUUCCAGCAUGUUUUGUGCUUCAUACGUGUUCUCGCUUCUUCGUUGACAUCGCUCGGCGUCCAAUCGCGCUGCUCAAUACUGCACAGACCGCACCACGCUCGCGAUCAAUUGGAUGAAACGGGUUCUGCGCUUUGUACUGUUAAUACGCGUAGAGUUGUGCAUUUUGCCUGAUGCACAAACCAUAUGUAUUGGGUGGAUCUCAUGAGAAUGGUAUACAAAUCAUAUAAAAUACACAAACCAAUGAACUGCCUUUCUUACGCCUGGAGCGUCAUUUUGCGCAUGUCUCCAGUCUGUUGUUUAAUUUUUUUACGGACUGCUUAAACCCAGGGGGUGGGGACAAAAUGUAAUAUUUUCGGGAUAAAAUCGUCAGACUGAUGAUUGCAUGUAAGUAGGACUCCACAUGUGUGCCAGGUGACCCCUUGCGCAUUAGGUGGACCCCAGAAGCAUUUCCGCUGAACACUGAUGAUGAAGCGGUUUACCUGCGUCCAGAGUUUAACACAUCACUGCAUCUGACACUCUGAAGUGUACUACACAUGACGGCACCAAACCAACCUCAUCUUCCUGUAAUGCUGGAGUGUAAAACUCAAAAACUGACACUGUGAUACUGUGAAUAUUACCAUGUAAAACCAGACCAUGUUUUCAAACUAGACUGUUCUGUUUAAAAUAAAAAUAGUGCUAUACUUUGUAGAUUUUAAUUACUAUUAAUGAAGUAACACAUAGUACCUCAGUAUAAGCCUGCUUACUCAGUCACACCCAAAUACACUCAAUGCCGACCACCACCAUGACGUACCGCAUGCCAAACUUCACUCUGGAGCAGAAGCUUUUCCUGCUUCGGAGAAUCCAUGCGGUGGUGGACACAGUGCAGGACUUUCGGAAAGACACCAACACUACUGUGCACCGGAACGCUGUAUGGGCAGAGCUGGCUCAGGCCUUCAAUGCGGCGUUCCCUAGUCGACCCCCCAGCAGCAUCGGGUCUCUGAAGACACUGUGGAAACGUCUGAAGGUGGAAUGUCGUGUAGCACUGCAGAAGCGACAGGAGCAGCAGACAGCUGGGCUUCCUGUGUCUGCCCUCACGCAGGUGCAGAGAGAAGUGAUUGCUCUGGUACCAAACCUGAUCUCCUGUCUGGAGGAGGUAGACGGAGAUGGCAGCUAUAGCUCAGUUAGGGGUGGCUCACCUGGAGCAGUGAUGGGGCUUUCAGGCACUAAUGGGAGUGAGCAUGAAGAUGCUGACCACAGUCAAAAUGAUGAAGUAGACAGCAAGGAGUAUUUAGCUACUGAACUUGGAUUGUUCUCACCAACUCACCCACCUGUUAACUCUGGGAUUCCUCCUGGCACUGCCUCCUCUCCUCUCCACUCACAUUUAGUCUCUUCCAGGUCCAGCCGUCCAUUCCUCAUCUUCCCAACCCAUGCAGGAAGCACCUCAGGGCUGAGAUCAGGGACUAGGGGUGCAAACUUUGAUACCCCACACAGAGAGCCUGCAGUGCCACGUGCUCCUGCCGGAGGAGCAGCUGAGAAUUCAUUACCGCCAAUGGACUCUUAUACCUCAAAUUUAAAAUGGGAGCCACGUCGACAGGAACGGUUUGAGCUGGAGCAUCAGCAGACGAUAAGUCUGUUAUUGCUGCAGCAGUGUGUGUGGGAGGAGAAGAGGAAAGCAGUGAGACAGAAAGAGAAGGCAGCACGGGCCAAAAAGAGAUAUUAUCAAGCCAAACUACGGAAGAUCGGCACAGAUCAUCCACCUUCCAGCAGUGACAGCGAGGAUAACGAACAUCUACAGAUGUAAACUCAGAUGUUUAUGACGUCUUAGCUAUGUUUGCUUUCUUUUUGAAAGUCAUGUUUUAUUCUUGCAAUGCUGUUUAUUUAUAAAACAAUAUAUUUUUUAUUGUGGACUAAACUUAACUGGUGUUUAGGAAUGUACCAUGUGUAUCAUAUGGAGGGGGGAAUUCACUCAAGCAGGCUUUGUUCCAAUAGCCGAUAAAAAUCUCAUUUCCAUUCAUACUCUCUCUCAACCCUGAUGAUGUGUUCCAUUCAAUCAACAGUGGGAUAGUUCAUCUGAAAAUUAAAAUUCAUAAUUUACUAACCCUCAUAUUGCUCCAAACUGUGUGACUUACUUUCUUCUGAAAAACACAAACGAAGAUAUUUUAAAAAUGCCUGUGUUUAUUUUGUCCAUGCAAUAGGAGUUAAUGGGUCCAGUGUUGUUUUUACCCCCACUGACUUUCAUUGUAUGCAAAACAGUUGAAAUAUUUCUCUAAAUAUCUUCUUUUGUGUUCUGCAGAAGAAACCAAGUCAUACAUGUUUGGAGCAACAUAAGGAGAAGUAAAUGGAUGAACCGGCCCUUUAAAGGCUCUCCGUUGUCCAACAGACUUAGAUUAUGACAUAUAAAUAUAUAUGGUAUAUGGGAAGUAUGGGACUCCACACUUCACAUCACUUUCACUAAAGAAUCAAAUGGUAAUGCUAAUGUUAGUGUUGCAAUUGUCAACAAAGAAGCCUUCUAGCAUCCAGUUUGCAGAGGAUAAACAGUGCUGUGCAAUACUAAUAUUUGUUUUACAUGAGCAAAAUUAUCAACAUAAACGUUCAUUUGCCAUUUUUUACAAGCAUUUAAGAUUUUAUAAUAAUGUAAAUUUAAUUACGUUGACCUGUUUAUAAAUUGAAUUUGCUUAAAAGAGUGAAUGUUUAUCAUGCACUGCACUAAGUCUUUCUGGGUCUUAUGUUUGAGUGAUAUCAUAUAACCAAAACCAUUGAAAAUCUAAUGUUAUGGAAGUUUUCCAAAUGGGAAAUUAGAAACUGAAGUGCAAUGAUCGAACAGGCUCAUCUAGUGCAUGUUUACAAUGGAAAAGCAGAGCAGUGUAAUGCAGAAAUGUGUUCUGUGUGAACAGCCCAAAGCCCUCACACAGUCAGAAUCAAUCAGUGAGGAGAUAUUUAGUCCUGAUACUUGUGCUUGAUGAGAAGAGGAAAUGAACUGAAAUGAGAUUUCUAAUGUUACUGCAUAGCAUUUUAAUUUAAUGUGUGUGGGUCAAACCAAGGAUUGAUUAAGGUUCUCAAAGGCCCCCGUUUGAUGCCUUUACAUUACAAUAUAAAUAGCAUGAAACAUUACAUUACAAAUUACUGUAUGUAGUUUUAUUAAUUAGACAGAGCACAACAUAUAUGGAAAACAUUUCAGGGGUCAUUGCCAGUCCAUAAUCUAUCCUUGGAUCCAACUCAUUUGACUGUUUUAGGACAGUGUCCUCAGGACCAACCUUUGGAUUGAGUUCACUGUAGCUCAUUUAUACUAUGCAGAUUUUUGUUUUGUUUUUUCAGGUAAAUAAGUGCUUUUCUUAAAUUGACUUCCUACUCAUGGAGUGGUUGAAUUUAGUUCAGUGUUGUUAAUUUACUUGUCUUAGUAUACAGUGUUUGGGAACAGAGCCCUCUGUUCUUUUUCAAAAUAUGAAAAAGCUGGAAAUUCUGUCAUCAUAUUCAUACCCUUAUGAUUUUUCCAAACCUAUAUGUUCUAUGUUGCAAGAAAUAAAGUCGUAGAGGUUUGGAACAACAUGAGGGUGAGUAAAUGAUGAUGCUUUCAUUUUUAGAUGGACUGUCUUUUUAAGGAAUGUUACUACAGUUGACUGGAAAUUGAAUGUGUAAACCAGUGAAACAGAAUGUUAGACUGAAUUAAACUAGUGAGAACCUUCCACUGUAAAAAACGAUUUUUAAAGCAGAUUUAAAAUUUACAUUUAGAUGUAAUUCCUUUUGAUUUGACUGAAAAUUAAAAAGACAUGUAAUGUGAUGAACAAGUUAAAAAAUUUUUUAACCACACAAGUGUUUG